CCUUAUUACAAUAAAUUGUUAUAUAAUCUUCGGACCAUCAGAUGAUCCUGAGAUAUCAGUUAUCACAGAGCUAAGGUUGCUUUUCCCGAAACAACAAAUGGAGAAGAGCAAAGUUCUUGUAGUGGGAGGCACUGGCUACAUCGGCCACAGAAUUGUUAAGGCCAGCUUGGCACAAGGACAUGAAACCUAUGUUCUUCAACGCCCUGACAUUGGCUUGGACGUUGAUAAGCUACAAAUGCUCUUGUCCCAUAAACGACAGGGGGCUCGGCUCGUGGAGGGCUCGUUUUCGGAUCAUCAGAGCCUUGUGGACGCCGUGAAGAAGGUGGAUGUGGUUAUUUGUACCAUGUCGGGGGCUCAUAAUCGGACGUUUAACAUAACGCUGCAGCUCAAGCUUGUUGAGGCAAUCAAAGAAGCCGGAAAUAUCAAGCGUUUCUUGCCUUCGGAAUUCGGGAUGGAUCCUGCAAGAAUGGGACACGCCUUAGAACCAGGAAGAAUAACAUUUGACGAGAAGACGGUGGUGAGGAAAGCAAUAGAAGAAGCUAACAUUCCCCACACUUAUGUCUCCGCUAAUUGUUUCGCAGCUUACUUUGCUGGCAAUCUCUCUCAAAUGGGCACGCUUUUCCCCCCUAAAGAAAAAGUCACCGUAUAUGGAGAUGGCAAUGCCAAAGUUGUUUAUGUAGAGGAAGAUGACGUGGCAACAUAUACAAUCAAAACCAUAGACGACCCUCGUAUGUUAAACAAGACACUAUACAUUCGGCCGCCAAAAAACAUUCUGUCCCAGAUGCAGCUGAUCGAGAUGUGGGAGAGUCUCUCAGGCAAAAAGCUGGAGAAACUCAAAAUCUCAGACAAAGAUUUCUUGGCAUCUAUGAAAGGACUUGAGUAUGGUGAGCAGGUUGGAGUGGGACACUUCUAUCAUAUAUAUUACGAAGGUUGUUUAACAAAUUUCGAAAUCGGGGAAGAAGGAGGAGAAGCUUCUGAGCUCUAUCCAGAUGUGGAAUAUACUACCAUGGAAUCAUACCUCAAGCUCUUUCUUUGAGCUGUGAUUUAUUUGCAGUAAUUUAAACUGUAAUUUCCUAAUUACCGAGACCGGUGAAGGCUGAAAUCACCUGUAUUAUUAUAUUGUACUAAUUCAUAAAACGUUGCCCACCAAUGUGUUUUUCGAGUGUACAUUAAAUUGGAUAUUUAUUCCGGGGGUUGUGUUAGUUCAA